CUGUGAUUGGUCGUCGCGGAAUACUUAGCUCCAUAAUUAACACUUCGCCGGCGGACGACUGACAGGUAUAAUUGUGUGGAUGGCGUGCCGCGAUAGCUUGUUUUUGUUGACAUAUUUCUUAAGGAUGUUUGAAAGAUAAACAGAGCGCGAAGUGCCCCGUGCCGCGAGGCCUGGAAGAUAUUGACCGGGAAAUCGCCUGGAACCACCUCAGUUUGUAGCUGAUGUUCAUACAAAGCACAUCUGGACUCAGACAGCGGAGCUAGUGCCCCCGGCCCCCGAGCCUCAGCGCCACAAGUCCCGGUCCGGUACGGAGCAGCGAGCGGUCGCAGUCAUGAUGGCCGCACAGUCCAAGCUCCUGUACCAGCUGAACAAGUACGUACAGGAGAAAUGUCAGUCGCGAAAGUCCGCCAUAGCAAAGACGAUCCGAGAAGUGUGUAAGGUAGUCCAGGAUGUUCUUAAGGAAGUGGAAGUGCAGGAACCGCGGUUCAUCAGUUCCUUGUGCGAGGUGGACGGGCGGUUCGACGGGCUCGAGGUCUUAUCGCCGACGGAGUUCGAAGUGGUGCUGUACCUCAACCAGAUGGGGGUCUUCAACUUCGUGGACGACGGGACUAUCCCGGGCUGCGCGGUGCUCAAGUUGUCCGACGGCCGUAAGCGCUCCAUGUCUCUCUGGGUCGAAUUCAUCACGGCUUCUGGUUACCUCUCGGCCCGUAAGAUCCGUAGUCGCUUUCAGACUCUUGUGGCACAGGCCUGCGACAAAUGUAGCUAUCGAGACAUUGUCAAAAUGAUCCCUGACACCUCGGAAGUAAAGCUACGUAUUCGGGAGCGCUAUGUCGUGCAGAUCACGACUGCUUUCAAGUGCCAGGGCAUUUGGCCUCGCAGCGCGUCGCACUGGCCCAUGCCACAAAUCGGUUGGCCGGGCCCUAACCUAGUCGCCGAGGUGAAAGCCGAAGGUUUCGACCUACUAUCCAAAGAGUGCUACGCGCUGCAAGGGAAGCAGUCCUCUAUGGAAAGCGACGCCUGGGUCUUGUGCUUCAACCAGGCGGAAGACAAGCUCCUGCUCGGGGGUUGUCGUAGAAGGUGUCUCAGUAUCCUCAAGACUCUGCGCGACAGACACUUGGACCUACCCGGGAACCCCCUGAAUAGUUACCACAUGAAAACUAUGGUGUUGUACGAAUGUGAGAAGCACCCACGCGAGAUAGACUGGGACGAAACGUGCUUGGGCGACCGCCUGAACGGGAUACUACUGCAGCUCAUCUCGUGUCUGCAAUGCCGGAAGUGUCCCCACUACUUCUUGCCCAACGUGGACCUGUUCCACGGGAAGGCGCCGUCCGCGCUAGAGAACGCCGCCAAACAGACAUGGAGACUAGCGCGGGAGAUCCUCACAAACCCCAAGAGCCUAGAAAAACUCUGACACUACCGGCCGAGACACUAGGUAAAGCUUCUCCUCCUUGACUCUGUGUAUUCAUUCUGGAAAAGGAGUAUCCAUGUAGAGUGAAGCAAGCAACCCCGUCAUGUAUGUACAUUUGAACUGUAUGACUUUGUCACAAUGUACCCUUACCUGCGACUUCAGAUACAAUGUUUACAAGGUCCAAACUGUCUAAUCGUUGUGUAUCGUUAGGUAGAAAAAGGAAACUAGUGUCCGUUUAGAUCAUUCCUGUCCUUUGCCACAGAAUUGUAACAUUUUAACGUGAAUUCCCAUACUUUAGACGACGUGUCAAGUUCGUGUAGUAGACAGUAGAUUCAAAAUGUCGUCUCCGAAGGAAGAGAGACGUAAAAUAUGUGCAACUCCAGAAGAAAUACAAGUAUUACUUAUACAAACCGAGAUAUGUAUCGGCCAAAAAAAUAUUCGGAGAUGCUACUAUCUUCUCAAAGAAGUCAAUGUGUUGCUAUAAAACCAUUAUAAUUUAAUUAUAAGUGAGCAUGCGAUACCUUUGACAAAUCUCCGAGAGUAAAGCUAAAUAAACAUGGAAGUGACAAUUACAAAGUACACAGAAA